AUGAAGUUUAGUGUCAAACCAGAAAAGUUUUUACAUGAUGUUGGGGAUGCAAUCACGUUAAGCAGUUUCACACGUCGAAUAUGUUCCAUGAAUGUUUACAGUUUGUUCUUUGACUAUGCUACCGUUAUUUCUAAGGAUACUAAGGACACAUCAGACAUUUGUGAACAGCAUGCAGAUCUUAAUCGUUAUAAAGAUAUUCGUUGUCUAGAUCAGACUAGAGUAAAAGUUCAGCAUGCCACAGAACCGCAUGAUUACAUAAACGCAAAUUACGUAGAUGGAUUUCGAGAAGAAAGAAAAUUUAUCCUAACACAAUCACCAAUGGUUAAUACGGUAGAAUCAUUUUGGACUAUGAUUUAUCAGGAAAAUGUGGUAGAAAUUGUUUCAAUGACAAGUAUGCAUUCAUCAAAAACAUUUAUGUAUAUGCCUAUCAAGCGAUCAGAUAUUGCCACAUUUGGACCUUACUCAAUACGAUACUGUGGAUCACAACAGAUUCGUGAAGCAUAUGAAGCAACAAUUUUAAAGUUAAAGAAAGGAAAUGAUCAAGAGCGAAAAAUUCUUCACAUAAGUUUUUUUACAUGGCACAACAAAGGAACGCCAGAAAAACCCACUGAAAUGCUUUAUUUAAUAUCAGAUCUUAACUAUAAUCGAAAGUUAUUACUCGAAGAAGCCCAAAAGACUGGUUGGUUAAAGGAUGCACGUUCUCCAAUCUUAGUGCAUUGUUUGACGGGUGCUGGUAGAAGUGGUACAUUAGCAGUGUUGGAUAUAUGUUGUAGAAAAAUGGAUUAUACAGAAAAAACAUUAAACGGCAAUGUUUUGGUUGAUGUUCGAGAUACAGUACUAAGAGUCAGGACACAACGUGAUAAAGCUGUAAUGAAACCAGAACAAUAUCUUCUACUUCAUCUGCUCGUAAUAGAAUAUGCAUUACGUCAAAAAUACUUUGAUGAUGUUGAUUUCAUGGAUUUAUCAAACUACAAUGGCACUAUGUGA